UUAUAUCUGCUUGGAGCAUGAGAACACCCCUGAGAGUCCCAAAUUGGCCUUCUUAGUGGUCUUGGGAUCACAUUGCUUAUUGGAAAGAAGGGGCGAUUGCGCACAUGAUUUGGGUUUGAAAUAUGUUUUCCCUAGGUUAAUUUAGUUGACCCACCCUGUGUUCCAUCCGUAUCUGACCGUGAAGAUGUCCUACCAACUGCCAGCCUGAGCCCAGACUCUCAUUUUCCAUACGUAUGUCCACAGUCCACACUGACACCUACGUACAUGUGGAUUUGCGAUCAGUCGCUUGAACAAGACCCGCAGGUCAGCUGAAAUGAGUGACCUUUUUCGCCUUGAGCCGUGAUCCUAUUGGCUGCUAAUGAAUUCCGUUAAACGCCGCGGCUCGGGUCCGUCUAAUCGGGGUGGCGGUGCACGUGGUCGGGGUGCCCGAGGAGGUCGUGGUCGUGGGGGGACGGGCGCUCCUCCAUCUGUGGCCAGCCCUGCCGCCUCCGCCUCCGCCUCCGCCUCCGGCUCGGCUCGUCUGGGUCGCAAAGGAUAUGGCCAAGUGACCGACGACGACCUGUGCGAUUACUUGGACGUGUCCGAUGAAUUUGACACGGAUGGAGAGGGCGAUAUCGAGUCGAGUGGUCCUCCGGGCCAAGUCCAACCCGUGCCGGCCAAACGCAAGGUCGAGAUGCAAGUGCUCCGCAUGAACGAAAAGACCGAGACUCAGAUUUUGAAAGCCUUGCACGAGUUGUACGGAGGUCAGUACCAAAUGAAAGGCCCCGAACAAUACGCCAAUUUAGGGGCUCCGCUCGAUCGACGCUUCUGGGUCCGAGAAACCCGCUUGAGGGUCACGGGCUUGGAAGUAAAUCGCGCUUCGGAUGCGGCUCACUCGGAUUUGAACCCCUAUGCCGUUCAGCGGCUCGAGAGCUACGGGUUCCAUUCCACCCGAUUGAUCUCGGUUCUUCGCGACACGGAUGGUGAUGUGGGUCGAGCUUUGGAACGGCUUUUGAGUCAGUGCUUCCCGGGGGCUGCAUCCAGGCUCAAUCCUCCCUCUCCCGAAGACUUGACCCUGUACCGAGAACAAAAAGAAGAUGAAAAGAUGGCGUUGGCCUCGAUUUAUCAUGAAGGCUUUAUCGAAAAGAUUCCCGACAAGCUUUGGGUCAUCGAGUUGAAACUCCCAUUUAUGACCAAGUUCCUGCCUUCGGUCAAGAAAAGCGGCGAUAAGAAGGGCUCCAAGGCCGAGCAGCUCAAAAAUGCCUGUCCAUUCUUCAUGCGGGGGCAUUGCAAAUUCGGUCGCCGUUGUAAUAAGGCGCAUAUUCACCCUGAAAAAACCGUGAACGUGGACGAGCGUCACCUUCAGAAAGAUCCGGGUCAGAAUAUCUCCAGAUUGGAAAUUCGCUUCCAUGAUCAAUGUCAGUAUCCCCACGACUCGCCCAUGGUUUGUUUUUCCAAUGACCUGAACGAGUUUCCCAAAGCUGCGUGCUUGAACAUCACUCAGCGACUUAUGGAAGAAGCACAGAACUUGGCCCAAGAUCAUGUUCCGUCUGUGUUCUCGUUGGUCAGUCUAGUCGAAGCUGAAGAUGUGAUCCAGGAAAUCAUGGACAUGCCCAGUCAUCCCUUCAGCUUCAACCCGGAUCUAUUGGAAGAUGAAGAGGGUCCGACAAGUUCGAUUCCGUUACCGAGAGCGGGGGAAGAGGACAGUGCUGCCUCUCUGUUAGCGUCGCUGAAUCUGAAGAGCGGAAAAUCGAUGCCUGCUCCGGAUCUCGAAAAGCUGCGUCAAGAUAACUCCAAGAUUCGUCAGUUUUGUUCGAAAAAUGUGGUGAGCCAGGACAUCACGCUGAUCCGUGAAAAUUUGCCGGCUUGGGCCGAGAAAGAACACAUCCUGAAAACCCUCAAUGCUCAUCAAGUUUUGGUGAUUUCGGGUAUGACCGGUUGCGGUAAAAGUACUCAGGUUCCGCAAUACAUCCUCGACGAAUGGCUAGGGUCCGGUUCGAAGAAGCAUUGUCAAAUUAUUUGCACCCAACCCCGACGAAUCUCGGCCAUCGGCGUGGCUGAACGUGUGGCUUUUGAGCGUGGGGAAAAAGUGGGCAAUGUGGUGGGCUAUCAGAUCCGACUAGAGAGCAAAACAUCUUGGCGAACUCGAUUGCUCUUUUGUACCACUGGGAUUCUUUUGCGGCGAUUGGAAUCGGAUCCUGAUUUAGAAUCGGUCACUCAUAUUGUUGUGGAUGAGGUUCAUGAACGGAGCGAGGAGAGCGAUUUCCUCCUAAUGAUCCUGCGAGGCAUCCUCAAACGAAGAAAAGACCUCAAAGUGCUACUUAUGUCAGCCACGGUCAAUGCCGAUCUAUUUAGCACUUACUUCAAAAAGGUACCCGUGAUUGACAUUCCCGGAAGAACUUUUCCUGUGGAGCAAAUCUUCCUGGAGAAGCUUUUGAGCGUGACCAGGUUCGCCAUGGAAGAGGAUUCGCCCUAUGCCCGACCAAUUGACAAUGGGCAAUCUGGAUGUCGCGUUCUAAGUAAACAACAGUUUAAGGGCUCAAACAUGAAAGGCUUUGACGUGGACGACUUUGAGAUCGAAAAGUACAUGAGCGGUAAUGGAGAUCGGGUGUUCAAACCACCCAAAGACAAUCUGCGAGACGAGCAACUGAAUCCCAAACAGAUCAACUACCGCUACUCAGAAUACCCCCAGUCGGUACAACGAACCCUGGGCAUUAUGGAUUUCCACAAGAUCAAUUACGAUCUGAUUGAGAGCACAUUAGUUUACAUAGUAAAUGGCGCCAACGAUUACCCCAGGACGGGCUCGAUCUUAGUGUUUCUACCGGGUAUCCAAGAAAUCAUGAGUCUUUAUGACCAGAUUGCUAACCAUCCUACCUUGGGCACCAAAGCCAGAAAAUUCAAGCUGAUUCCGUUACACUCGAGCUUAUCUAGUGAAGAACAAGCAGAAGUAUUCAAAAAACCACCAGAAGGGGUUCGGAAGAUCGUGAUCUCGACCAAUCUGGCGGAAACGUCCAUAACCAUCGAUGAUUGCGUCUUUGUGAUCGAAGUCGGUCGAAUGAAGGAGAAAUUCUUCGACUCCAUGAAGAACAUGGAGUCCUUGGACACAGUUUGGGUCUCAAGAGCCAACGCCCUCCAGAGAAAAGGCCGCGCGGGUCGGGUCAUGCCCGGCUAUUGCUUCCAUUUGUAUACGCAUUUCAGAUUUGCUCAUCAUCUCCGUCAGGAUCCAGUACCCGAGAUCCAACGCGUGCCUCUCGAGCAAAUGGUUCUUCGGAUUAAAAUCCUGCCCCUCUUCAAGAACAAUCCUCUCAUGCACGUCUUGAACGCCAUGAUUGAGCCGCCAGAAAACCAAAACAUUGAAGGAGCCGUGGAUCGCCUGAAGGGCGUUGGUGCUCUUGAUAGAGAAUGUGAGCUCACCCCGUUAGGCUUCCAUUUGGCCAAUUUACCCGUGGACGUUCGGAUUGGAAAACUGAUGUUGUUCGGGUCGAUCUUCCGAUGUCUGGAUGCGGCCCUCACGAUUGCAGCUUGCUUAAGCAACCGCUCUCCAUUUUUAAGUCCUUUUGGCAAACGGGACGAGGCCAAGAAGAAGAAGUUGAAAUUUGCCAUCGUGAACUCAGACCAUUUGACUACUUUAAGAGCUUACCAGGAAUGGCAUGGUAUCACUCAAAAGAGUCAAGUGGCCGGGUACAACUUUUCCCAAGAAAAUUUGCUCUCGCAAAAGACGCUGCAAAUGAUUGCCACCAUGAAGCAUCAGUUUUUGGAAAUCCUAAGUGGAACGGGGUUUGCCCCCGAAGGAAUCAGCAUGCGACAGCUCUCGAGAAUGUCUCGGAACGGAUCUGAUGCUGUCUAUAAGGCCACGGGUGAAGAAUUUAAUGAGAAUGGUACCAAUUGGAAACUACUCGUGUCUGUGAUAUGCGCCGCUUUGUAUCCAAAUAUUGUCCAAGUACUUUCACCGGACCUCAAGUACAAACAGACCGCCGCCGGUGCCUUACCUAAAGACCAUUUGGUCCAGGAUCUCAAAUUCAAAACGAAAUCCGAUGGCUACGUGAAUAUUCAUCCUUCGUCGAUCAAUUUCGAUUGCGCUUCCUACAAGAGUUCCUACUUGGUGUAUCACGAAAAGGUCAAGACAUCUCGCGUGUUCAUUCGCGAAUUGAGCAUGAUCCCCGUGUUCCCCAUGAUUCUAUUUGGUGGGACGGGGGUCGAGGUCCAGAAGCAGAAGGACCAAUUCCUCCUCUCCCUCGAAGAUGGUUGGAUUAAGUUCGCCACCCACACUCACAAAGCGGCCGAGCUAUUGAAAGAACUCCGACUCGAGUUAGAUCGAGUCAUGGCCGAAAAGAUCGCCAAUCCCAAAUUAAACUUAAUGAAGUAUGCCCGAGGAAAACUCGUGAUUGAUACCAUCGCCUUCAUUAUUAGCCAAGAGUAGAAUAACUACGUGUUUGGCUGGAUUAUCAUAACAAUAAAAGUACAUUGAUAACAUGAA